AUGCCAGAAUACACCUGGACCCCCUUCUCACCACACGCUCACAACAGUCCACAGUGGACCUACUCCUACCAUGAUCGGCCCACGCACGAUUGGAGGGGCCACAACCGCAGGCCCCCCCGGGGCCAGCGGGAGGACAACUAUUACCGGGAUGAGUGCUGGAGAGAGAGGCGAGGGGGUUCCCCGUGGGAGCGUGGCCCCCGGAGACGGCCUGACGUCAGGUCCUUCGACGUCAGGUCUUGCUUCAGACGUCAGGUCCUUCAGACGUCUUGCUUCAGACGUCAGGUCUUGCUUCAGACGUCAGGUCUUGCUUCAGACGUCAGGUCUGCUCAGACGUCAGGUCUGUCUUCUGCUUCAGACGUCAGGUCCUGCUUCAGACGUCAGGUCUCUGCUUCAGACGUCAGGUCCUGCUUCAGACGUCAGGUCUGCUUCAGACGUCAGGUCUGCUUCAGACGUCAGGUCUGCUUCAGACGUCAGGUCUGCUUCAGACGUCAGGUCUGCUGCUUCUCGACGUCAGGUCUUGCUUCAGACGUCAGGUCUUGCUUCAGACGUCAGGUCCUGCUUCAGACGUCAGGUCUGCUUCAGACGUCAGGUCUGCUUCAGACGUCAGGUCUGAGCGUCAGGUCUGCUUCAGACGUCAGGUCUUCAGACGUCAGGUCUGCUUCAGACGUCAGGUCUGCUUCAGACGUCAGGUCCUGCUUCAGACGUCAGUCUGCUCAGACGUCAGGUCGGUCUGCUCAGACGUCAGGUCUGUUCGACGUCAGGCUGCUUCAGACGUCAGGUCCUGCUUCAGACGUCAGGUCCUGCUUCAGACGUCAGACGUCAGGUCUGCUUCAGACGUCAGGUCCUGCUUCAGACGUCGUCUGCUUCAGACGUCAGGUCUUGCUUCAGACGUCAGGUCUGCUUCAGACGUCAGGUCUGCUUCAGACGUCAGGUCUUGCUUCAGACGUCAGGCACACACCCUCCUCCUUCCACGCUAACACUGGUAAAAUUGUGUAUUUACUUGAAGCCAAGUUGAGUCGAUCAAUGAGGAUUCCCAAGAAAGAUACGACAAAGCUCAACUAUGUGACGCAAGACACCAUGGACAACAAUCCGGAACUCAGGGUGCCACAACAUGAGACAAAAGACAAGAAACUAAAACUUCUGAACUCCGGUACGGUCUCUAUGGAUGUAGAUAUUGAUAAAGUCGGGUACUAUCAAGGGGAGAGCAUUCAAGUCUUUGCUACCAUUCAAAACAACUCCUCUCGAGAUAUCCGGCCCAAGUUUUGUCUUUACAGUAAGCAAAGCUUUUUUGCAAGAAGACUUCUCACCAAAGACCUGGUCAAAGAGGUCCAGCAGAAGCCCGUCUGUGGCAAUGCUCCACCUCCCGCUGCUUCAGACUUUGGAGUUGGAGCCUAUGGAAAUGCUCAGCCUCCAAUUUAUUGCCCCAUGCCCUACGCCCCACAAGGACCACAAUAUAUCCCUCCACAGCCAGGGGCCACGACUCCUCUUUCAGCUCCAGCAGUAAACCCCUCGGACCCCCCUCCUCCAUAUACAGCUUAUGGACUGUACCCUACUCUACCACAGCCUUAG